AUGACAAGAGUUCAAAUUCCAGAUGCAGUUGCUGAUGUAAUAAUUGAGGAUGAUGACAAGACAGUCACAGAAUGCACUGAAAGUUUGGAAGGAGAAUCUACUCGAGAUAAAACAGAGUCCAAGUCAGAACAAGCCUCUGAAGACACAGCAAUAUCGACUGGUGAAGGAAAAUUGACCAAUCAGUUUAAUUUCAGUGAAAGAGCAUCCCAGACAUACAAUAAUCCUGUGAGGGAUACAGGCACAAUGACUGAGCCACCUCCAAAAGUGACAUUUUCAUCAAAUGCCAGCCAAUGGGAGAUAUUUGAUGCUUACAUAGAAGAUACAGAGAAACAGCUGGAGAAAAAAGAGAAAGAGAAGAAAGGUCAUGCUGGUAAAAAAGAAGAAGAACAUGUAAAGAAGAAGCUGACCAAUAUUGAAUCUCAAAGUGAUGACAUUUCAAUUAUUGUCACUGCUUCUAUGAUAAUGGAAAGAAUGGUGAAUCAAAACACCUAUGAUGACAUUGCACAAGAUUUCAAAUAUUGGGAAGAUAGAUCUGAUGAAUUCCGAGAUCAGGAAGGCACCUUACUACCCCUUUGGAAAUUUUCCUACGAUAAAGUAAAACGUUUGUCUGUUACAUCACUUUGUUGGAACCCAAAAUACAAGGAUUUAUUUGCAGUUUCCUUUGGAUCAUAUGAUUUUAUCAACCAAGGAACUGGAAUGAUUUUGCUUUACACAUUGAAGAAUCCAUCCUAUCCAAAAUAUCAUUUGCCUACAGACUGUGGUGUCAUGUGCCUGGACAUUCACCCGGUCCAUUGCUAUCUUAUUUGUGCAGGCUUCUAUGAUGGAAGUGUAGCUGUGUACAAUUUGUGCAACAUUAAAAAUCCCUUGAUACAAAGAUGUACUGCUAAAAACGGAAAACAUACUGACCCAGUCUGGGAGGUUCGUUGGCAGAAAGACAAUCUGGAAGGAAAUGCCAGUUUCUUUUCCAUAUCUUCAGAUGGUAGAAUUGUGGAGUGGGUUAUUGUCAAAAAUGAAUUCAUCUAUCAGGAUGUGAUAAAACUUGCCCUUCCUGAUGUCCAGACAGAAGGACCAGAUGGUACUAAGCUAUCAACUUAUGGAUGUGGCACUACAUUUGACUUUCAUCAGCAGAUUGACUAUUUGUACCUUGUGGGUACAGAAGAGGGUCAUGUUCAUGCCUGUUCAAAAGCCUAUUCAACAGAGGUUCUACACAGCCUCACUGCACACAACAUGGCAAUUUACAAGAUUGCUUGGAACAAGUUCCAUCCUAAGAUAUUUAUUACAUGCAGUGCUGAUUGGACAGUGAAGAUUUGGGAACAUGGAUCAAAGACAAAGGAUUCCUUGUUCACUUUUGAUUUAAACAGUUCUGUUGGAGACGUAGCUUGGUCUCCUUAUUCUUCUACGGUGUUUGCUGCAGUCACAGAUGAUGGCAGAGUUUUUGUCUAUGAUCUGAGUAUUAAUAAAUAUGAUCCACUGUGUAACCAAAUUGUUGUCCAAAAGAAGAAAACCAAACUGACCCACAUUGACUUCAAUGCCCAUGAUCCAAUCAUCAUUGUUGGAGAUGACAGAGGAGAUGUUACCUGCUUGAAGUUAUCACCCAAUUUAAGAAAACAACCAAAGGAAAAGAAAGGCCGACCAGUUUUGGAUAAACAAGCACGAGAACAACAAGAAAUUGCCAAACUGGAGAAAGUUCUUAGUACCGUUCGAGAACCUGCAUAA